GAUGGCCCGGGAUGCACGGCCACGGCUCACGUUCCCCAAGUAGCCUGGAGGGCAGGAACAGGCCCUGAGCCCCAGCUGCCUUCUCCAAGUGCUGGUGCCUGAGCAUUAUCGUCCACUGUGAUGGCCGCAUGGCGUCCCCCAGCAGGGAGCUGGAAGGCAGGCUCAGGCGGGCGGGCGCCCCACGGCUCCAGCGCUCCCAGCACCGGCUGAGGCCUGCGUGUCCCAAUGGAGAGGAGCAGCGCCUUCCCCCAGGGAGUCGUCGUGGUCGUGGUCGUCCGCACUGCCAUUAGACUAUGUCAUCGUAUCGACCGGUUCAUGAGAGUGGUGACGUGGGGGGGCCAGGCUUGAAAGGUGGCGACUAUUACUCUCCGGGGUUCUGGGCCCAGAAUGGCUGCGCCCCGCAUACAGAUGGCGCCGCUGCCUCACGGCCAGCCACCACGACCCCAGCCAUGCCGAAAAUGGGCGUGCGGGCCAGGAUUGCCGACUGGCCCCCCAAGAGAGAAGGGCCGAAGGAUCCCGCCCCCUCCAGCGCUGCGAGAGACCUGGAGACCCCUGCCUCUAGGCCGCGGGGCUUCCAGAACGGGCAGCUUCCGAGCGGGGCGGCUCUGCCCUCGGGGUACAGAGGCUUCCAGCGCCUGGCCCGGCGGCGGUCCAAGGACACGGAGUUCCAGGACGGCUGGCCACGCUCUCCAGCCAAGGGGUUCCUGCCGCUGCGGAACAGGAGCAGCAGCGAGGUCACCCUCAGCGAGUGUGACUUGGACGAGGCCCUUGAGCCCCGGGGGGCCAAGCUGCCCGGCGGCCUGCCCCUCUUCCGGGAGUACGGCAGCACCUCCUCCAUCGACGUGCAGGGCAUCUCCGAGCAGAGCUUCUACGACAUGCUGACCGAGUUCCGCAGCGGGAAGCCGAUGGCUCAGCAGCUGGAGCCGGCGGCGGCGGCGGACUCGUUCAGAGCUUCCAGGGCCACCAGGGCCGACGCCAGGCAUGAACGUGGGGGGCCCCUCCUGGGGGAUGACUUCCCCCUUCAGCACAAGGAGAAGCCGCGCAAGAAGGGCCCCAAAGCGGAGGUGGGGGGCGGGGAGUCCAUCUUCAGGAAGCUGCGGAGCGGCAGGGGCGACCAGGACGCAGGCCGGGCCUCGGCGGAGGACGGGGCCCGGGGCUGGCUGUGCCAGAAGAGCUUUGCCCACUACGAUGUCCAGAGCACGCUCUUCGACCUCAACGAGGUGGUGGCCCGGCGCGUGUCCAUGGCCCAGCGGAGGAACACCACCACGGGGGCCUCCGCGGCCUCUGCGGCCGUCUCCUCCCGGGCCGGCGGCUUCGCAGGCCUGGAGCCCGCCACCCCCCCCUUCAUCAGCACGGAGGACCUGAACUGCAAGGAGAACCUGGAGCACGAUCCCGGGGACGACAACAGCAACGGCCUGCUGCUCAGCUGCCCCCACUUCCGCAACGAGAUCGGGGGCGAGCAGGAGCGCAACAUCAGCUUCUGCCAGGCCUCCGCGGGCUCCCCCGGGGCGGGCGGCGGCGGCGAGGGCGAGGGCAGCUUCGCGGAGGCCUGCCCUGCCCCGUACUGCACCAACACCAGCGUCUCCGUGCUGGAGGCCCCCAAGGAGCUGCAGCGCAACGUCAGCAGGCUGAAGCACUACAGCAUUGAGCACGUGGACUUGGGAGCCCGCUACUACCAGGACUACUUCUGUGGCAAAGAGCAUUCCAACUACUUUGGGGUGGAUGAAAAGUUGGGUCCUGUGGCUGUAAGCAUCAGGCGUGAGAAGCUGGAGGAUCACCGGGAGCAUGGGCCUCAGUACCAGUACAGGAUUAUCUUCCGCACCAGUGAGCUGACAACGCUCCGUGGAUCCAUCUUGGAGGACGCCACGCCCACGACCACUAAGCACGGCACCGUCCGUGGGCUCCCUCUCAAGGAUGUGCUGGAGUACGUGGUCCCCGAACUGAACAUUCACUGCCUUCGCCUGGCCCUGAACGUGCCCAAAGUGACCGAACAGCUGCGGAAGCUGGACGAGCAAGGGCUCUGCUCGAAGCACAAGGUGGGCGUCCUGUAUUGCAAAGCUAACCAGAGCUCGGAGGAAGAGAUGUACAACAACGAGGAGGCGGGGCCGGCCUUCGAGGAGUUCCUGGCCCUGCUGGGGGAGAAGGUGGGCCUGCGGGGCUUCGGCAAGUACGCCGCCCAGCUCGACACCAAGACUGACUCCACCGGCACCCACUCCCUCUACACGACAUGCCAAGGCUACGAGAUCAUGUUCCACGUGUCGACAAUGCUCCCGUACACCCCCAACAACAGGCAACAGUUGCUCAGGAAGAGACACAUUGGGAACGAUAUCGUCACCAUCAUCUUCCAGGAGCCCGGGGCACUGCCUUUCACCCCCCAGAACAUCCGCUCCCACUUCCAGCACGUGUUCAUCAUUGUCCGGGCCCAGAGUCCCUGCACGGAGAACGUUUGCUACAGCGUGGCGGUGACCCGCUCCAAAGACGUGCCGCCGUUUGGGCCGGCAAUCCCAAGAAGAGCCACUUUCCGCAAAUCCGACGUCUUCCGAGAUUUCCUGCUAGCCAAAGUGAUCAAUGCCGAGAAUGCGGCCCACAAGUCAGACAAGUUCCACACCAUGGCCACCCGCACGCGGCAGGAGUACCUGAAAGACCUGGCGGAGAACUGCGUCACCAGCACGCCCGUCGACUCCACAGGGAAGUUCAACCUGAUCUCGCUGACCUCGAAGAAGAAGGAGAAAACGAAAGCCCGGAUCGGGGCUGAGCAGCACAGCACUGGGGCCAUUGCCUGGCACGUCCUGGCACAGGAUUACGCCCAGGGGGGUGAAACUGAGUGCAUCCUGGCCAUCUCUAACGAAUUCGUUGUCCUCCUGGAUCUGGCCUCCAAGGAAGUGGUGUUCAACUGUUUUUGCGCGGACGUGAUUGGCUGGACCCCAGACCCCUUCAGCCUCAAGAUCUUCUAUGGGCGGGGGGACCAUGUCUUCGUCCGCGCCCUGGAGAACAACCCAGACGACGUCAAGGAGGUCGUGCAGCGGCUGAAGGUCAUGACCUCUGGCUGUGAGACGGUGGAGAUGACGCUGCGGAGGAACGGUCUGGGGCAGCUGGGCUUCCACGUGAAGUUCGACGGGACGGUGGCAGAGGUGGAGGACUACGGCUUUGCCUGGCAGGCCGGCCUCCGGCAGGGCAGCCGGCUGGUGGAGAUCUGCAAGGUGGCCGUGGUCACGCUCAGCCAUGACCAGAUGAUCGACUGGCUGCGCACAUCCGUGACCGUGAAGGUGGUCAUCAUUCCGCCACAUGAGGACGGCAUUCCGCGCAGGGGCUGGGCUGAGUCCUUCAAAAUGAGCAGUGUGGAGCCCAAGGUGGAGCCGGAGAGCCUGCCGGUGGGUUACCGGCCUCCGUACCGCAGCAACUCCGCCUGGCAGUGUGGAGGGUCUGCUGCCCCCCACAGCUCCUCUCAGCCCUCCAAGUGGGCAGAACAGCUGGGCCAGGGCCAGGGCCAGUCCCAGUCCCAGUCCCUCACCCGGGCCCCGAAGCAGAGCGCCCUGGCUCCGUACCGCGAGUCGCAGCCGCUGCAUGGCAAGAGGCCAGUGAGCUUCCCGGAGACCCCCGCCACGGCAUCGUCCUCCCAGGCCGCCGCAGCGGAGCGGAUCCAGCCCUACCGCCAGCCUUCCGGCAGUUUCUCCGUGCCUGGCUCUUCGGGAGCAGCCUACACCCCCCGCUACAAGCCGUCUCCGGAAAGCUCCCUUCACAGGUAUGCAGCCCCGCAGCGGGCCCUGGGGCCGUUUGACCCGCUCUACGCCCACGAGGUGACCUCCAACGGGGACUCCUCCUCCUCCGGAGGGCUGGCCAGUCAAGAGAGCACCAUGGAGAGGCCCAAGCCCGAGCCCCUUUGGCACGUGCCGGUGCAGUCCAGGAUCACUGCGGCUUCGGGGAGCAAGCGGCCGAGCCGGCACGAGCAGCCUGGCAAGGACUCCCCCAACCGGCACUCCAAGGGCGAGGGCCAGUACUCCAGCAGCAACACGCUGUCGAGCAACGCCUCCAGCAGCCACAGUGACGAGCGCUGGUUCGACCCCCCGGACGCUGCCGAGGCCGACCCAGACCCCCUGGCCAAGGGGGGCUCCAGCGACAGCGGCAUCGACGCCGCCAGCGCCAAGUCCCUGUGGAGGGACAAGCUGCCCAAGUCCUCGCCCCCCUUCGGCGCCCCCCUACCCGAGGGCGGCAGCGGCAAGAGGAGGGAGGCCUCGCCCGCCGUGGGCUCCGGUGGGCCCAGCAGGAGCUACCGCCCCACAGCCUUCGGGGGCGCAUCUGCCAGGGGGUGCAGCAGCAGCAGCAGCAGCAGUAGCCGUAACUUCAAGCAGCCCAGCCACGGCAGCUCCAGGGCCACAUACCCUGCCCACGUCUACAAAACGCCCCCGGCGGACGGCCCCCGGCCCCCCCACAUGCCACAGUCCAGCUCCCUCCAGCUCUCUGCUUCUGUGCCGAAGUCCUUCUUCUCCAAGCCAAGCAGCAGGAGCAAGCGCCUGCCGGCCGGGUGGAAGAGGAGCGAGGACGUCCCCGCCAGGCCGGCCACCUUCACGGACCCAAAGAAGCAAGUGGACGUGAGCACCAAGAACGUCUUUGGGCAGCCCCGGCUGCGGGCGUCCCUGCGUGACCUCCGCUCCCCCCGCAAGACCUACAAGUCCACCAUCGAGGACGACCUCAAGAAGCUGAUUAUCAUGGACAGCACCGCAGCGGAGCAGGAGAGGGAACUGUCCCCGCAGAAGACGCUCCAGCGGACGCUCUCCGACGAGAGCCUGUGCAGCGGCCGGCGCGACCCCGCCUACUCCAGCGCCUGCCGCUUUGAGCAGCCCCUGCCCAACGACGUCCUCUUCACCAGCACCUACCCCUCGAGCACCCUCCCCGUGCGGAAGCAGCACCCGCCCCCCGGCAACGGCAGUCUCUCCGAGAAGAACGCUGCCAUCUCCGCCUCCGAGCUCUCCUUGAGCGACACCCGCGACAAGGCCCUGCGGCGCCUCGACCCGGGCCUGAUGCCGCUGCCAGACACCGCCGCCGGCCUGGAGUGGUCCAGCUUGGUCAGUGCAGCAAAGGCCUACGAAGUGCAGAGAGCCGUCUCCCUCUUCUCGCUCAACGAUGCUGCGCUGAGCCCAGACGCGCCGCCUGCCCACAGCCCCGUCCUCGGGCACCUGAGCCUGGAGAGGCAGCCGACGCCACGCACCACGCCCACCAUGAGUGAGGAGCCGCACCCGGACUUGACCGGCAAAGUCUACCAGCUGGAGGCCAUGCUCAAGCAGCUCCACAGCGACUUGCAGAAAGAGAAGCAGGACAAGGUGGUGCUGCAGGCGGAAGUGGCCAACCUGCGGCAGAAUAACCAGCGGCUGCAGGAGGAGUCGCAGACGGCCAACGACCAGCUGCGCAAGUUUGCCGAAAUCUUCUCCAGCGCCGUGGAGAAAAAGGAGCUGUGAGGGGGGCCCUACAAGGGGGGCGUUGGGCUCGGACCCUUCCCUGGCGCCAAACGUGCCCCCUGCCCCCCCCAGGAGAAGCCUCUCUCGUCUCGUCCCUCCCCUCUUCCCAGCAUGCUCUCGGGCACCUGCCACCCUUUGCUGCCGUGGCUUCCUGUCGUGGACCGCGGCCCCAGCCUCUGGGCCACCCUGGGGGGGGGGGUGGCAGCCUCUGUCUGUUUGCCAGUCGAGGGCCAGAGGAGGUGCUCCCAGCCCUCCCGCCUCGCCAGCGGAGCCCCGGGGGCAU